AUGUCUGAAAAAAGCGCACUUAAUGUUGUGAGAUUUAGCUAUUUUGAUCCGUUUGAGAUAUUUGAUAGCAUCAGAAAUGAAUUGGAACAAAGAUUGCCCUUUCAGAAUCUGCAUUGGAAGCCUGUUAAUGGAUCUCUAAGAACGAUUUCAAAUCUGCAGAUAAAACUGAUAGCUGAAACCGAAAGCAUUAAAGAUGACCUUUAUGGAGAAAAACCCCUCAUCAUGUUUUUGAUCGUAAGCUGUACCUCUGUUGAUGAGUAUAGAUCUAAAGUGCGCCCUUUGAUAAGGCAAUGGCUCCCACCUAAUUCAGAAAAUGUUGAACUGCCAGCAAAAAGAAUAAUACUUUUACGUUGCAAUUCCGAAGUUUUAGAUACGAAUCUAUUCAAAAGUAUAUCAUUGCUGGAAAAACUAACGAAAGACUUUCCAGCUAGUACCGUAAUAGAAAUUAAGACAAUUUACAAAUCCCAACAGGAAAAGGAUGAUUUUUGGGUGGGUAUGAUCAAUAGACUGCGAGCCUCGCUAAUGGAUACCUUUCAGAAGCGCUUAACUUACCUUCAAGCCCAACUUUCAGGUAUUUCAGGUUCCGAAUUUGACAGUUUGUCACUUUUCCAAGAGAAGAUAUUAAACUUGUAUCUCAGUUUUAACUUGCAUGAGGAAGCGUCUAAAGAGCUAGAUACUUUCCGCAAAAAUCUCAUUGCACACUUGAGCGAAGAUCUGCCUCUCGGUGACCUGCAAGUUCCAUUUAAGUUGACCGAAUCAGAUGACGAUCAAGGCCAAAAUGUAAUCGCAAGAAUGAUGGUUCAAAACAAUCUCAGUAAAUUUCGACUGAAUAAGUUCUUCUUCAUCAAACAGUGUGAAUUGCUCCAAAGUAGUGGCUCGUUUUCUAUAAAAUAUUUUCAUCUCUAUUCCUUGACGCGUUCUUUCCUCAGGACCAUUGAAUGUUUGUUUUGGGAUUCUCCCUAUUUACUUGAGUUUGAAUUUUACUUUAUUGAGGCAAUUCUUGAUGCCGAUUUAUUCAUGGAUCAAUCUUUGAAUGCAAUAAUUGAGAUCCGAGCUGAGCUCAAGCUCUUUCAGCGUGAUCGUUGGCUGAACUUGGCAUAUAGCCUUACAGACUUUCGAUUGAUAAACAAAUAUUUUCCCCCGAGCACUACCAUUAAUCAAUGUGAUUUACUCCAAAAUACGUUUUGCGAUGAAGAAACUUUUCAACAGACUUAUCUUCGAUUGACGAAGAAUGUCCUAACAUCACUUUCAAAAUGCAAAGCUGAGAAGCAAAGAACUGUUGACCUAUUAUCGGUAGAAGUGGCCAUUCUAUAUUAUCAGAGAGAGGAAUAUGAAAAUGCUAUAGUGAUACUUCAAUCAUGCUAUGAAUUCUAUAAAAGCUCGCAUUGGAGUCUCAUUGGUAAUGAGCUCCUAGAGUAUUUUGUGAAAUGCUUGAUUAAGUGUCCUGAUCUUAAAUUCUUGGAAAUUUCAGGCGAAAAAAUCCCGGUGUCAACACUGUUGAGUAACUCAAUUUUGAAUCUACUUACAACUGUGAAAGAUGCCAAAGAUUUUUGGUGGGAUUUUUUUUUGAGGAUCAAUAACAAGGAUACAGGUAACUUGGUUUAUCCUCUAGACAAUCUCUUUGAAAUACACAUAAACCAUUGUACGACUACCACUAAGAUGAAUACGUUUGCCUUGGAAAUGACUGUGCUCAAUAAUUUGGUACCAAAGGAUGUCGAAGUCUCUUCAAUACAGUUGUUACUGAAAAAUCAUGACGAUGAAUUUCUAACGUUUAAUACCAACUCAGUAUGUGUAAAGCCUGGUGAAAAUUCAAUUGUUUUGGAGACGACCAGAAUGACUUUCGGCAUUUUUGAGCUUGUAAGUCUAGAGGUCACGGUUGGCAAUACCUUUUUUUGCAAGGAAUUUUGUACAUUAGAGACAGAGGAUGUUGUUGAAUUUCAGCCCGUAAGUGAUCCAAGUGGUUUCGACGUUCUCAUUUCUCCAUCAAGAUUACUCGAACUGACAAAAAACAGAAUAGAGAUUCUGCAUAUGAAUGCAGAUAAGGUUUCUUCUUUUCACUUAGAUUUGACGAUCAUAGCAAACAAAGACAAAUCGCAACCGAGCGUUGCAUUCACACCUGACAAGAAAAAAUUCAAAACGUCGAUAGACAAUAUAGAAACGAAGUUCAUCGAAUUUUUUUUCAUUCACCAAUGCAACUCAUUCACUGUGAAGCAGGAAGUGACGUUUCGUUUGAAGGACGAUCCAAUUAAUGAAUAUUACCAAUGCAGAUCUGUCAAUAUCGAUUGCCGUUUACCUGUUAGCGUCUCGGUGGAGGAUAUUUCUAAGUCAGGAGCUUUUUUCUUCAAAUUUUUAAUCAGUUCAUCUUCUCGAGAGGAGCCUAUCUUGCUUCACAGCUCUAGUCUAUCCUCCGUUCAUGAGGAGAAGUAUUCAAUUAGUAGAGGCUUCGAGACAGAAUCACCUUUGCUGCUUAGAGCAGAUGAUGAGGAAAUAUGCCUCAAUUACUAUCAAAUUAAUACCUUAAAAGAAAUGAAGUUUACGCCCAAUGAUUUAUUCUAUCUGAAGAUUAAUUACAACACUUUGAAACAACAAAUGGAUCAUCUAGUCACAAGUAUCUUUUUGACAAAGGGUGAUAUCAGUAUUUCGGAAAAGAUUAGACGCUAUCAAAAUAUAUGGCAAACAGUGGUUCUUCCUAAACUGAAGUAUGAUUAUCAUCUGUUCGAGCAAAAGUCAGUCAUACGGCUUGCCAUGUCAGCCGAAAUGGUACAAGACAUUUUAACUGCACUGACGUCUCAAGCUCGGUAUGAUGGCGUUUUGGGGGUAAUCGCGGAUUGUUUGGAAAUUAUUCAGACGGGAUCUAAAGUUUCUGGCCUGGAAAUUGAGGGAUUCUCCAAUGAUUUGGCUCCAUCGCAAUUGAUAGUACCAGUCAAUCUUCCCCAUUUGCAACAAUUUUUCACCGUCGAGUUUAUUACGGAGACUUUAAACCAUCUUGAAAUUGGAAAACCUUUUGCAUUUAAAGUCCAAAUAAUGAACUUGACUGACCAGUGGGAUACAAACGAAAAUGAUAAAAGGUCUCGUACGUAUGUUUUUGAGUUAGUGAACGACAAUGAAUGGCUUAUCAAUGGUACAAGGAAAGCGGCCUUGCCCUUAAAAAAAAACGAAUAUAGCAUUCAAAUGAUACCACUUAAAAGGGGAUAUUUGCGAUAUCCAAGAGUUGAAAUUUUCAGUCAAAAGCGUCGUGUGCCAGAAGUUAAUCUCCUAAAUAUACAUGAGACACUUCUUGUUACAUAA